AUAUUGGGUUUCCGUUUUUCCACUCUCCCAAACAAACAAACAAACAAACAAACAAACGUGUUGAAUCUUAACUGGCUUUCUUCUGAAUCCCUCCCCUCUCACCGAAUAUUCCUCUCAACAAUGCCUUUCUUCCUUCUCUAUAAACCCCACACCUAGCAAUAAACUCUUCCAACCAAAAACAAACCCCAAAAACCCUCAGAAAGAAUUGAAAACAGAAAGAAAGAAGGAAAGAAAGAAAACCCAAGAACCCCAAAAGGAAAAACAAUGAGUGAAACAUUGAAGAACAAGUACCAAGUAUGUGAAGAGAUCGGAAGAGGUCGGUUUGGAACAAUAUCUCGAGUGUUUUGUCCUAUCACCCAAGCCUCAUUCGCCUGUAAAUCCAUUGACAAACGCCUUCUCACAGACCCCACUGACCGAGAAUGUCUCGAAAACGAGCCUAAAAUCAUGACCCUUUUGUCUCCUCACUCCAACAUCGUACAAAUCCACGAUAUGUUCGAAUCCGAAGACACCCUUCAACUCAUCCUCGAGCUUUGCCAACCUUACACUCUCUACGACCAGAUUCUGCAACCGGGCUUGUCUGAAUCCAAAGCCGCUUCUUACGUGCAACAGAUUAUGUCUGGCUUAGCUCAUUGUCACAGGUUUGGUAUUGUUCAUAGAGAUAUUAAACCUGAUAACAUUUUCUUUGACUUUAGAGGUAAGUUAAAGAUUGGAGAUUUUGGUUCUGCUACGUGGUUAGGGGAACUUGGCACGGUCGAUGGGUUGGUGGGAACUCCUUAUUAUGUUGCACCGGAGGUUGUGAUGGGCAGAGCUUACAAUGAGAAGGCCGAUGUUUGGAGUGCUGGUGUCGUUUUGUAUGUUAUGUUAGCUGGUGUUCCACCGUUUUAUGGUGAGACAGCCGAGGAGAUUUUCGAGGCUGUUUUGAGAGGGAAUUUGAGGUUUCCUACAAGGAUUUUCAGAUCAGUUUCGGCUGAGGCGAAGGACUUGUUGAGGAAGAUGAUCUGCAGAGAUGUUUCUAAGAGAUUGUCCGCAGAACAAGUUCUGAGGCACCCCUGGAUCUUGAAUGGAGGGGAAACAACUUCAAUGGACUGAUUUUCUUUUGAAAAGAGCUCGAAAUGAUCAGUCAAAAGCAAUGCAUAAUAGCUUAUCAGUAUGUAAAUAGUAGCCCUGCCUAUCAAAUCCCAUAAGGGAGGUCCCCAGGUUUUCUUCUCUACAAAGCAUCAAAAGUCAAACAAGAACUCCAUGAUGGAUGCUUCCCACAGAAUCCAGUUUUCCAAUGCCAUGGAGGUAACGUAGAGAACAGAGUUUCUUAACAUGGGGCUCAACCACCAAGAACUUACCGGUCUUGUCUAGUCCUUUUUUUGUUUUUUUUUUUCCCUUGUAAUAUGUUUUUCUUAUUUUAUUUUCUGUUCAUGUUCAAGAGAGAAGCAAGAGAGUGUAUAUAUAUUAAAUAGUAGGUUGAGAAUCCUCCUCCUGUACUUUUUUUUUUGUUAAUGAGAGUAUAAAGGAAGUGAGAAAGCCUUACAAACAAAUUGUUCUUCUCUUCUGCUUUUUAUAUAUGGGAAUCUAGUCUGCCUUUUUUUUUU